AUGGCGGCUGAAGAAAUAGAUGUGAAUGUGAUCGCAACUAUUUUGAGUAUAACCUCUGAUUACCAGAAAAAGAUACGGAUGCGCCGGGUAAAUUUGAUGAAACAUUACAUGAAUCAGCGAAACAAAAAAAAGCACAGGACAUUUUAUUUUUGGUGUAUUGGCGCAUUAGGAAACAGAUUGUCAUCUGAAAGACGUUUCUGGGUGCAGGCAAGCAAAGGCACAGGGUUGUUUUGGGAGGAAACAGUUGUCAUGUGGAACGACGAUAGCCUCUGGUUGGAAAACUUCCGAAUGUCUAAGGGAACAUUCGAUUUUCUUUGCAAGAAGAUUAAUGCUUAUCUUUUGCGAUAGGAUACAACCUUCAGAAAAGCUAUACCAGUGGAGAAACGAGCAGCAAUUUGUUUUUGGCAUUUGGCUACUAAUGAAAAUUUGAGGUCUCUAGCCUGGCGUUUUGGUGUGGGAAAGAGCACCGCCUGUGAAAUUAUUAAUGAAGUUUGCCAAGCUGUUGUUGAAAUACUACUGCCUCAAGUGAUCAAAUGGCCAUCAGACGAGAAACUGCUCAAUGUCGUUGAUGGUUUUCUCACGACCUGGGGCUUCCCUCAAUGCGCUGGCGCCAUUGAUGGCACCCAUAUUCCAAUUGUAGCACCUUCCGAAUCUUCACCUGAUUACUACAAUCGCAAAGGAUUUUAUUCUAUUGUUCUUCAAGCUGUUGUUGAUCAUCAGUACCG